AUGUCUCUCGCCACUCUCGAUAUUUCCCAACACCCCAAUCUCCCCGCAACAUCGCAGACGCUGUUUCACGCCAAGGCCCGCCAGCGACUGAGCUUCGAGAAGAUCGCCCAACACAUCGGUCGCAAUGAGGUCGCUACUGCAGCUAUCUUCUACGGCCAGGCCAAGGCCUCUGCAGAGGAUAUUCACAGGCUGGCUGAUUUGCUCAUGAUUGACCACUCGCAAUUGGAAAUGCAGCUCAAUGGCUUCCCCGAUCGCGGCAAGUCGGUCGAGAUGCCGCCCAAGGAGCCUUUGAUCUAUCGUCUUUAUGAGAUUGUGCAGAAUUAUGGAUAUGCUUACAAGGCCAUUCUCAAUGAGAAGUUUGGAGAUGGUAUCAUGAGCGCUAUCUCGUUCUCGACGAGUGUCGAGAAGGAAACAGAUGCUGAUGGGAAUAAUUGGGCUGUUAUUACGCUGCGUGGCAAAUGGCUGCCCUUCUCUCGGUUCUAG